UGUGUUUAACAGUUUGAACGAUGCGUCAGCAGACGGCAGCGCUGAGUUCCCAGACCGAGCUUCCAUGAUGGAGGUGCGUCUGCAGGCGCAGGAGGAUGAGAUCACGCUGCUGAAGUCCUCAUUGGCUGAUGCCCUGCGCAGGAUCCGCCUCCAUGACCAGCUUUUACCAUUAUUGAAACAGCAGCUCAUUGCAGUGAACCCAGCUUCUGCUCGAGUGCUGAACCAGGUGUGCUGCUCAGACGGUUGCCCCGGCAGCAGGAAGCUGUCCUCCAGCUCAGCCUAUGACGUGAUCCCACACCCUGCGACCAGCGAGCUGUCAGACAGCGUUGUGACCAAAGCCAACGGCCACAUAGGAAGCCCAGUGUCCCUGAAGCAAAGACCCAGAGCAGCCACAUUGGACAGGUGGACUCAGACAGAGGCCCCCCUCCCUGGGCAGGACACUUGGCAGGACAGGGUCCCUCUCCACAGGCGAGUCCAGAGCCUGCAGCUGGAGGACGCCCUACCUUCAGGGCAGCCUGCGGUGGAGGGGACGCGGGCUAAGCUCCACCGGGUCCCCGGCUUGGAAGAGGAGGAUGAAGAGCAGGAGGAAGAUGAAGAAGGAGGGGAGCUGAGUUGGACGUCGUCAGUGGAGGAGCCCAUCCAGCCCACCACCAUCAGAGGCCUGCAGAGGGAUGACUUCCAGGAUGGAAGCUGCUCUCCAGAGGAGCUGGGCUCUCCCUCAGGGUCGCUCAGAACCUCAGAGCAGAACCUCAGCGCCCCCCGCUCAGCCCCCCUCACCCCCAUCCACGAAGGAGAGAAGAAAAAGCUGGUUCGUAGGAACAGCGAAAAACUGGUAAACCCAGAGAAGCAGAGGAAACGUCUGGACAAGAAGGCAGCGUCCUCUGCAAACCUCCUCAUCCGCUCCUCCAGCCUGGAGAAUCGCGCAAAGGAGAUGGUCGCCAGUACAGGAUCCCCCGGGUCCAGAAGAGGAACCUACAACCAAGAACAGUCGAUCAAAAUGUUCAUCCGGGGCCGGCCCAUAACCAUGUACAUCCCCUCCAACAUCCUGAAAUAUGAAGACCUGAAGAUGGAGCCGCCCUCUGAGAGGCUGGAGCUGGACUGGGUCUAUGGUUACCGGGGGCGGGACUGCCGUGCCAACCUGUACUUCCUCCCGACGGGCGAGGCAGUGUACUUCAUCGCCUGUGUUGUUGUGCUCUACCAUAUCAAGAACCGCACACAACGCCACUACACCAAUCACACAGACUGCGUCCGCUGGUCAGUGGGACACAAUUCAUUUCAUCUGCAUCUACACACACAAUGAAAUCAAACUCACUUA